GUGAACGGCUCAUUGUAAACUUCAAGAGGAAGAGAAGCGAUGUUCGUUUUUUCAAUUUCCGGUCGCGAGGUUUCGGAUUUUGCUUCAGUCGUACCGAGAAAAUUCAACGUUUCCUCGACUCGAGCGUAAAUUUUCUUCUCCGAGUUACAGAGAUCGCACCCUCUUAAUUUUAUCGGAAAUCGUGCUUGAAUUUAUUUUAUGGACGCGCGAUAACGUGCCUCUCUUCCUUACCGACAGGUCGGGUCCCCGAACGGAAAAUAAAAGAAAAAAUUAUCGCGCCAUCUGGCAGCACGCGCAGUAAACAAGCGCGCGAUGCAAAAUGGAUUAGGGUUAGGUAGGUUAGGGGAAGAAUCCGUGAGCGGAGUGAGAUCAGUCGCGAAGGAAACGGACAACGGAAGUCAGUCAGGAGAGAAGUCCGAUUAUUCACGUUCGCGUUUCGGGCGCGCCGUGCGUUCGAUUUUGUUUAACGGGCGACAUGAUGAUCAAAUAAACGAUGCGUCCGCGAUAACGAGGAGAAGAGUAGGAGUGCGACCGAUCUGUCCGUACACGGCCCCGUGUACACCACAGAGCGGCACAUGGAUGCGACGAACGGACAGAAGCCCCACGUGGGGCAGCCCUCCACCAGCACGGGGGUCACCUCCGACAAGGGGAAGGAAUGGCAAAUGGAGCUGCUGAUGGAGAAGUUACGCUCCAAAUCUUCUACGUUGAAACCUCUGGUAGAAACUGCCAAGAACAUGCGUAUGGCUAUGUUGGACAAACGGUAUACGAUUGAUAGCGUGGAGAAGAAUCAGUUGCAGAAAUGUUUGGACACUCUACAGCAUUCUAUCAAGGUUACCUCCUUCCAGUCUAUGGUGGAGCGAUUGGAGAGCUUGACGAGACAGCUGGGAUUAAAGUUUAUGAUGUCUGGUCCUCCAGGCACAGAAAUAUUCAUAUCCUCCGACAUGUUCUUCCUGGAGGUCUUGCUGGAGCCGUCAGGUCAUGUCAGAGAGGUUAAGAUCCAUCAUGAGGGGAAGAGCGAACAACAGAGUUGUGAGGUGUUGGCUUCGUGCCUGUCGCGCGGCGAUUUUGUUGAUUUCACUACUCAGCUGGAGGGACUGGUAUCUAUAUAUCAGUUGAACGCUGAUAAGAAAGUGAAGUGCAAAGCGUUCAGCGCUCUGCAAUCUCUCGAGGCCGACCUGGGUGUUCUGGCACAACUGCAAACGUUCAUGAAGGAGCCGUUCAACCUGGUUCACAAGAGCCCUGUCGGAAUCCUAGAAAGGAGGAGAGGCGGCCAUCCGAUGAAGCUUACGUACUUCGUUUCUCCGUACGACUUGAUCGACCUGGAGAACCGCUCGCACGACGCGUUGAAUCCCGACACGAUUAUCAAACGGAAGAUCGGCCAUUCCGUAACCGUUUGUAUGGAGGGCUCGACGGGUCACAAACUGCCUACGUCCAGCAUCAUAACUGUAAAUAGAAGCCCGACAGGAAAGAGCACACCGUCAUACGCCCCGCUGACCGGCACCAAUUCAUCCAUGCUGCCCGCUUGUUUCGUCCUGAAGCUGGGCAAGAAGAUGCCGAUCUGCAUGGAACUGGUGAAGAGGAUACAGAAAGUCACGGAGCUCGAGUGCGGCGACAUCUCCGCGCCUCAUCCGCUACUCAGUCUGAUAAUACAGCACGCGAGUGACAGCCAGUUGGACUGCCGCAAUAACAGGGGGCUGUACGUGACGCUGACGGACCAGCAGCACUGCUACUUCAUGACGGAGAACAAGAACAUGGAGGGCGUGCUGGUGUGCAGCAUCCCCUUCACCCACCCGGCCCACGUGCCUCAGAUCCUCGUGUACCUGCGCCAGCAGGCUCUGUUCAAUUGCCUGAUCGCGAGCUGCGUGAGGCCGAUGGCACGGCAGGACCCGGACGCGACGAUACUCGAGGUAAGCGCUCUCUCGUGGCAGCAUGUGUCCGUGAGCGUGGAGCACCCGUUCGAGGAAACGAUGGCCACCGCGGAGCUCGACCUUACCGACAUCUCGGCCCUCCAGUGCAAACUGUACGGUGUAAGUAUGACGAACGCGGAGCAGACGUCGGAUCUCGCCGGCAAGGUGUUGCAGCGUUGCCUCAGCAUACCGCUGACGAUGCGAACGCUGCUGAAGAUCUGGGAGAGCCGCAACACCCUGCCGGCGAUGAGCGCGCCGACCGGCGGCGGCGGCAGCAGCAGCAACGGCAGCUACAACAUCAACCUGGGCUCCGGCAAGGAUCAGACCGGGCAAAACGGCACCGCCGGCAUGCCUGAUUUCACCAACGGCGACGUGAAGAUCAAGCAAGAGCCCGGCCUGAACAACGGCAACGGCAGCAUAGGCGGCAGGCAGCAGCAAUCGUCGCAUCAGCUGCCACAGCAGUCACAACAGCAGCAACAACAACAACAGCAACAGCAGCAGCCUUUUUUAGAUGCCGGAACGGAAAAUAGUAUCGGUUUUCCGUCGUAUUCCGGCCAAUCCGAUACGACAGGCAAUGCCUCCGCCAUGCUGAACCCGCUGCAGCUGGGCGCGCUGCUGGGCCAGGCGAAGAACUCGUUGGCUAACGCGAACGCGAGCGAGCGGAGCAAGAAGACGCGCAAGAGGAAGGCGGCGGACGGUCUCUGGCGCAGCCCUAAGAGAAAAGGCGACGGUGAGGGCGCCGCGACAGCCGCUGAGAUCUUGCUGGAGAGCUCGAGCUCGGACUCGACGCCGUUGGGCACGCCCACCGGCGGCGGCAGGGAGGGCCUCACCGAGACCCGGACGUCCACCCCGACGUCGGCGGCCAGUCUGGCCAGCGGCAUGGAUUUCUCGAACCUCGACGCGACCGACAUGCUCGGCACCGACAAGAGCUCGGACUACGAUCUCGACAACGAGACCGGCGAGAUCAUGGAGGUACACAGCAGCAGCGCGGAGCAGCAGCUGCAGCAGGACGUGGAGGAGUUGAUGAAGCGCGAGCGUAAGUCGAAGAAGUCGCGGGACGGAAGCGAGAAAAAAGCGAGCCCGACGAGCAUAUUCGUCGACGAGAGUAAGAGCCUGGUGCCACCUUCCGUAAGUAUCACCCCAAUCACAUGCGGUAACCUGGAACAAAGCGGCAACUAUAACUCCGUGCUUACCGGGAUGGGUUUGGAAAGGAGGCCGGGCAUCGAGAUCAUACCAAUCGCUUCCUCGCCGCAAACUAGCCUACCGAGCUCGAUCACGAUCACGCCGAUAGCCGGCCCGGCGGCGGCUAACGUGGUGCCGGCGUCGAAGGGCCUGACGACGACGGAAGAGCGUCGAGAGCGCAAGAGCGGCAAGAGCGGCAAGAGCACCACCACCGCCGGCGCCGCCUCCUCCUCGGCGGCCGAGGACAAAGCCGGCAAGCUCGAGAAGCGGCGCAAGCGCAAGCGCGAGGACAGCCCGAUGGGCCCGCCGCCGGACAAGCUGCCGCCGAAGCCGCCGGACCCGCUGCUGAAGCCGGUCUCGGUGACGAUCAAGCCGACGGAGCAGUCGCCGCCGGGUCUGAGCGCGCGGCCUACCUCGCCCGCCGGCACCGUGAGAAAGUUCAGCCCGUCGCCGACGCAUCCGAGCUCGCUCGCGCUCGUAGGUAAGUCCAGCCCCACCCUGAAACAGUCAGCCAUCGGCAAGCAGGCGGUGCAGAGCCCGAAGCACUCGCCGGUCUACAGCAGCAGCCCGAAGCACAACGCGCCGCCGGCGAUCUCGAUGUCCGUCGCGGUGCCGGCGGCGGUCGCCGUUUCGGUGCCGGUGCCGGCGAGCGCGAGCCCGAAGCACGGCACGUCCUCGCCGAAGCACGGCAGCUCCGCCGGCAAGCCGAGCAUGUCCGCUCUCAAGUCCGCGGCGAACUCGCCGUCCGGCAAGACCUCCGACCAGCCGACUCCGUCCAAGGUCAAGUCCUCCUCGUCGUCGUCGAGCAAGGACUCCGGCCGCGACAAGGAGAGGAAGACCUCCUCGUCCGUCGGCUCGUCGAGCUCAUCCACCGGCCACCAGAGCCCCAAGACCAAGUCGUCUAGCGGCAAACUGAAGCAGCUGGAGAUCAUACCGACCGGCGGCGGGAGUGAAGCUCAGGUCUCCUUGUCCAGCAGCGGGGGCAGCACCCCGCCUUCGGGCCAGGUAGACGCGGCCAAGUCCGCGCAGGCCCAGCAGCAAGCGAGGAAUCGGAAGAGCUCCCUGAACGCGGUGAUAGACAAGUUGAAGAAUGCGCAGCACUGCACCGAGGACGGCGGUAACGGCGGUGCGAAGGCCUCCUCCGGCGUCGGCGGCGGUGGCAGCGGGAGUGGCAGCAGCGCGCAGAAGGAGGGACGCGGCGUGGGCGGGUCGUCCGGGAAGAUCGUCGAGGGGAAGUCCUGCAUCGGCAAGAACUCGUCGAUCGACUCGUCGUCGAAAAAUCCAGCGGAAUACAUGGUGAAGCACAGCUCGGACGGCAUCAAGAUUACUAUCAACAAGACACGCACGAAGGACUCCAAGUCGGGCGGUAACCUCAAGCUGUCCUCUUCGUCGUCCUCGUCGUCGUCCUCGUCGUCGUCGUCGUCCGUGGCGGCCGGCGCGGCCGGAGGGUCCUCCGGCUCGUCGGUGGCGUCCUCCUCGUCGUCCGUGGCGUCUGGCAACGGCUCGCCGAAGACUCACACCGGCCUGAAGCCCGGGGUGAAUUCGGGGCCGGCGUCCAAGAAGCCGACGCAGUGCUCGCCGAAAUUAUUGAGCCAGAAGAUGCUAGCGAUGAAGUCGAUCUCCGGCUCGGCGAAUUCCGGCGCGGGUACCGCGGGUGCGACGGGGGGCGGCGUCGGUGGCGGUAGCAAUCCGUUGUCCAAGAGCGGCUCGUCUUCGAAGUCCUCCGGCUCGCCGAAGACCUCCGGCGCAGGGCCGACCGACCUCAGUCGUGGUCGCGACAAGCCCCGCACUCAGAAGUCCGGCGACAAGGGGGUGUUCGCAUCGAAGGGCAUCGGCGACGCCAGGAAGUCCAGUCCGUCCGCCCUGCGCGAAGAGAGCGACACGUACAAACUGUUAGCGACGCACGCCUCCAUAUCGAGCCUGCCGCCGAGUCUGCCGCCCCAAUUGGUCAUGGAGGGCCUGAUGAAGCAGCUGGACACCAAGUUCCAGAUACCGAAGCUGUCGGCGCGCGCUAACGUCGACAGCGCCGACAAGAAGGUUUCGGAGAAGCUGUCCAUGUUGCCGGACCCUGCUAAGACCUUGGACGGCUUGACGGUGAAGCAGCAGGAGCAGCAGUGCAAGAUAGCGAGCCUGUCCAAUCCGGGCUCGGCGUCCGGCAAGUCGAUGGCGGACGAGCAGCCCACGAGCCAGCCGAGCAGACGGGACUACGCUCAGAGCAAGCCGGACAACCUCUCCAUCUCCACGAGCGCCGGCGCCGCCGCCAUGUCGCUCGGCCUCACCGGCGAGAGCAGCGCAGGCCUGAUGCUGCCGCCGCAGUCGGCUGCCGACUCGGACGUGCCGACGAACCUGUCGAUGCAGCCGAUAGACAGCGAGUCUCGCGACCCGUGCAAGGACAUCGGCGCGAUCGGAAGGCCGGGUGGCCAGCAGUUUCUCGGCAAAGACGACGCGAACGCCGGCGUUAUCGGCGUCCUCGGCAAGAGCAGCGCCGACCAGCUGGCGUCGUCCGCCUCCAAAGCGUAUUCGGGGAGCCUCGCGGGCUCCGGUACGAGCGGCGCAUCCUCGAGCACCGUCACCGAGAGUUUGAACCUGAGCACCAAGCCGGCCGACGCCGCGUUGGCCAAGUACAACAAGAUCGCCGAGGAGAAGAAGCAAGUUGGACCACCGUCGUCCUCGGCCUCCUCAUCCUCCUCGUCGUCCUCGAUUUUCUCGUCGAUCAGCGCCGCCGGCGGCGCAGCUGGGGUCGGCCCGAUCGCCGACAGUGGCGCCAUUAUCGCCAAGGGCGCCGACACCGCGGGAGUGAGCAGCAGCAGCGCUGGCGGCGGCGGCAGCUCGAGCUCCCAGGAGGCGGCGGAGAUGCUGUUGGACUUCUCCACCGCCAAGGACGUGGCGAAGAGCCUCACGCACCUCACCACCAUCCCCGAGAGGGCGAUGACCCAGGCGGCGCCGGUGCGCCGCAACACACCGCCGCCCCCGCCCCCGCCGCCGCCCGCCUUCCCGCCGCNCUUCCCGCCGGCGAGCCCCUCCGUCAGUGUGCACAUCGUCAAGAGUCCAGCGCCGAGUCCGCGGGUGAUACCGCCCUCGCCGCACUCCGCCUCGCCGUGCAUCACCGACGACGAGCUCAUGGACGAGGCGUUGGUCGGGAUGGGCAAAUGAAGAUUACUCAAACUCUAAGAAUACUCGAGGCCGCGUCUUCUUAUGGACCGCCGAGGACCGCCCGAAGCUGCUAUCCC